CCGACAGCGACGAUGAGAAUCCUCCCAGCGAGACUCAGGUAUAUUACCCAUCCCUUUUCCCCUUCGCCCUGUUUGGCUACUAGUCAAAUGUUCCGUAUCAUGUUUGAGUUUUUCUCUCUGCCUCUUCGCCUUUGCGAUCUAGCAUCAGCCUGCCUUCCACCCCCGCUUGUACCCCGCCGCCUGUUCUUGAAUUGUUGCUGGUCUGGCCCGGUCCACAUCCGCACCACUCACCAAGCAACCCAGGGUAUCUCAUGGCAACCACCAUCAUCGUGCCUAUAUUUGUAUCUCCGUGUCGAGUUCCUGACAUUUUUUCGAGCCUAUUGCUAACCUAAUGCGUCUAGCUUAAUGAGGACCUCCCGCAAAUGGUUGCUGGAGUCUUCUCGGACCAGAUUGACCUCCAGAUCCAGGCGACAACAAAAUUCAGGAAAUUGCUGAGCAAGGAGCGCAACCCCCCUAUCGAGGAGGUCAUCAAGACUGGCGUCGUGACCCGAUUUGUCGAGUUCCUACGUUCGCCCCAUACCCUCGUUCAGUUCGAGGCCGCCUGGGCCCUCACCAACAUCGCUUCCGGCUCCGCACAACAGACUCAGGUGGUCAUUGAGGCGGGUGCCGUGCCUAUUUUUGUCGAGCUUCUCAACAGCCCCGAACCAGAUGUCCGUGAGCAGGCCGUCUGGGCGCUGGGCAACAUUGCCGGUGACAGCCCUCAGUGCAGAGAUUACGUCCUCAGUCAGGGUGCUCUCCGCCCUCUGCUCGCCUUGCUCGGAGAUAGCCGCAAGCUGAGCAUGUUGAGGAACGCCACCUGGACCCUGAGCAACUUCUGCCGCGGCAAGACGCCCCAGCCGGAUUGGAAUACGAUUGCUCCUGCUCUCCCCAUUCUUUCCAAGCUCGUUUAUUCGCUUGACGACGAAGUGCUGAUUGACGCCUGCUGGGCAAUUUCGUACCUGUCAGAUGGCUCAAACGAUAAGAUCCAGGCUGUCAUUGAAGCUGGCAUUCCGCGUCGUCUCGUUGAGCUCUUGAUGCACGCAUCAACCUCUGUCCAGACACCUGCCCUUCGCUCUGUUGGCAACAUUGUCACCGGUGACGAUGUGCAGACCCAGGUUAUUAUCAACUGUGGUGCCUUGCCAUGCCUGCUUUCCCUGUUGAGCUCUAACAAGGACGGCAUUCGGAAGGAGGCUUGCUGGACCAUCUCCAACAUAACUGCUGGGAACUCUGCCCAGAUCCAGGCCGUGAUCGAUGCCAACAUCAUCCCUCCUUUGAUCCACUUGCUUUCAAAUGGAGACCUCAAGACACGCAAGGAAGCAUGCUGGGCGAUUAGCAAUGCCACGUCGGGUGGCCUGCAGAAGCCCGACCAGAUCCGGUACCUGGUGUCGCAGGGCUGCAUCAAGCCGCUCUGUGACCUCCUUGCCUGCCCUGACAACAAGAUCAUCCAGGUUGCCCUCGAUGGUUUGGAGAACAUUCUGAAGGUUGGAGAACUCGACAAGCAGGCUGCAGGCGAUGGGCCCGACUCCGUCAAUCGUUAUGCCCUCUUCAUUGAGGAGUGCGGUGGCAUGGAGAAGAUACACGAUUGCCAGACGAACGCCAACGAGGAGAUCUACAUGAAAGCUUACAACAUCAUUGAAAAGUACUUCUCGGACGAAGAUGAGAUCGCCGACGAGGCAAUGGGCCAGCCUGGACAGCAGUUUGGCUUCGGCGCGAACGGGGCGCAACAGAGCGGCGGGUUCAACUUUGGGGCUAACGGCACGGAGUCCAUGGAUAUGUAGGCGGUCUCUGCUUCAACUUGGACAAUGGCAGGAGGACGAGGGAUCAUGACUGCCGGUCUUGACCACGCCAACACAAACUUCUUUGAUUGUGCGAGCCACCGACCGCUGCCUGUUUUGCUUAAGUUUUGCAACACUGGCUCUUCCCGCCGUACCCUUCAGUCCCGGCUAUCACAGCACGACGCAGAAGGCCUAUGCGAUGGGCUAAAACCACACAAUCUCCUACAUACCCCAAAUCAUUCUUCCACACCCCCUCCACAACGCGUUAUCAUCC